GUUCUCAGGUUGUUCGUUUGACUAAAUCCGUUCCUGACUGGAGAGGCCCGUGACUCCACAGACGCCAGAGCUGAGCAUCACGUGACUUCAGUCCUGCACGCCUUGAGUUCGCACUGCGGCUGUAGCCCGGGAGAGUUCUCGCCCCCGCGCGGCCGUUGCCGAGGAGACGGCGCUCGUCUCGCGGAGCGUUGCGCCCCCCCAACCUUCUCUGCAGUUUCCCCGCCCCCCUCUUCUCCCACCACAAUGAGGUCCUAAGAUGGCGGUGGCUGCGGCGGUUGGCGCCUAGUUAGCUAAUGUAGACAAGGCGGCCAUUGGGCUUUGGGCAGUAAGGGGAACUCCUGGGCCUCCCUUCCGCGGUCUUCGAGGAAGAACCGCUGCUGGUGGCGGCUCCUGGAAGGGCCGACUGCCACUCCGCCCUUGGCAGGAGGGGCGGCUUCGUUUACAGGCUGCCUCACCAGCUAUAAGAAAGACCAAGCCAAUGACCCAUCUCAUCACCUUCUUGAUCCACUUUAGCUGUCAAAGCAGAGACUAAAAUGGAGGACACUAGCCGUAUGUCUUUCUUAGAGAAUUAAUUAGAGCCAACAUGGCCACGGGAGGAGGUCCUUUUGAAGAAGUCAUGCAUGAUCAGGACUUACCGAACUGGAGCAAUGACAGUGUGGAUGACAGACUCAAUAAUAUGGAGUGGGGUGGCCAACAGAAGAAGGCCAACAGAUCAUCAGAAAAGAAUAAGAAAAAGUUUGGUGUAGCAAGUGAUAAGAGGGUAACUAACGAUAUUUCUCCGGAGUCAUCACCAGGAGUUGGAAGGCGAAGAACAAAGGUCCCACACACGUUUCCGCACAGUAGAUACAUGACUCAGAUGUCUGUUCCAGAGCAGGCCGAACUAGAGAAGCUUAAACAGCGGAUAAACUUCAGCGAUUUAGAUCAGAGAAGUAUUGGAAGUGAUUCUCAAGGUAGAGCAACGGCGGCUAACAACAAACGUCAGCUUGGUGAAAAUCGAAAGCCCUUCAACUUUUUGCCUAUGCAGAUUAAUACUAACAAGAGCAAGGAUGCCACUGCAAGUCUUCCAAAAAGAGAGACAACUACGUCAGCACAGUGCAAAGAGCUGUUUGCUUCUGCUCUAAGUAAUGACCUUUUGCAAAACUGUCAAGUCUCUGAAGAAGAUGGGAGAGGAGAGCCUGCAAUGGAGAGCAGCCAGAUUGUAAGCAGGCUUGUUCAAAUUCGUGACUAUAUUACUAAAGCUAGUUCUAUGCGAGAAGAUCUUGUAGAGAAAAAUGAAAGAUCUGCUAAUGUUGAGCGUCUUACUCAUCUAAUAGAGCACCUUAAAGAACAAGAAAAGUCAUAUAUGAAAUUUCUCCAGAAAAUCCUAGCUAGAGAAAAUGAGGAGGAGGAUGUUCGGACUAUAGACUCAGCUGUGGGAUCUGGUUCUGUAGCUGAGAGCACAUCGCUAAACGUAGAUGUGCAGUCUGAGGCUUCAGAUACCACGGAGGCAUCUUUUAGUCUGAGAAUUCGGCCCUGCAUUGAGGACAAACUAGGGAAUUCAGCUUCACAAGAACAGGUUUCAGACAUUGACGUUACUACAAGUCCUAAAGGGAAAGGUGACAAAGCUCCUCAGAAUGACAGGGAACUGAGACCUAAUAGGAAAUGUAGCCGAAAACGUGGAUUUCCCUCAAAGGCCAGAGAUCCUCAGCAGGAGCCUAUGGAAGAGACAGAAAAUUUGAAGAAACAACAUGAUUUAUUAAAAAGAAUGUUACAACAGCAGGAACAGCUGCGAGCUCUACAGGGCCGACAAGCUGCUCUGCUAGCUUUGCAGCAUAAAGCAGAGCAAGCUAUAGCUGUGAUGGAUGACUCUGUUGUUACAGAAACUACAGGAAGCUUAUCUGGAGUCAGCAUCACAUCUGAACUAAAUGAAGAACUGAAUGAUUUAAUUCAGCGUUUCCAUAAUCAGCUUCGUGAUUCUCAGCCUCCAGCUGUUCCAGACAACAGAAGACAGGCGGAAAGUCUUUCAUUAACUAGAGAGAUUUCUCAGAGCAGAAAUCCCUCAGUUUCUGAACAUUUACCUGAUGAAAAAGUACAGCUGUUUAGCAAAAUGAGAGUACUACAGGAAAAGAAACAGAAAAUGGACAAAUUACUUGGAGAACUUCAUACCCUCCGAGAUCAGCAUCUGAACAACUCAUCCUUUGUGCCUUCAACUUCUCUCCCAAGAAGUGGGGAUAAGAGAAGUUCAACUGUAGCUCUCUCUGCUCCUGUGGGCUUUGCACCAGCUGUUAAUGGAGAGUCCAAUAGUCUUAUCUCAUCUGUUCCUUGUCCUGCCGCCUCUCUAGUUUCUCAGAAUGAGAGUGAAAAUGAAGGUCAUCUAAAUCCAGCUGAAAAACUACAGAAGUUAAAUGAAGUUCAAAAGAGAUUGAAUGAACUGAGAGAAUUAGUUCAUUAUUAUGAACAAACAUCAGAUAUGAUGACAGAUGCUGUAAAUGAAAAUACAAAAGAUGAAGAAACUGAAGAGUCAGAAUACGAUUCUGAACAUGAACAUUCUGAGCCUGUUACUAACAUUAGAAAUCCACAGGUAGCUUCCACCUGGAAUGAAGUGAAUACUAACAGUAACACACAGCGCGGCUCUAAUAAUAGAGAAGGGCGAUCCAUUAAUUCUAGCUGUGAAAUUAAUAACAGAUCUGCUGCCAACAUCAGACCUCUAACCACGCCUCUCUUAGACUGUCGAUAUAACAGAGAAGGAGAACAGAGGCUGCGUGUAGCACGUGGUGAAGAUGAGGAAGAGGAAGUAGAAGAGGAAGGAGUCAGUGGGGCUUCAUUAUCUAGUCGUAGGAGCAGUCUGGUUGAUGAGGCACCAGAAGAUGAAGAGUUUGAACAGAAGAUUAGUAGACUCAUGGCUGCAAAAGAGAAACUUAAACAGCUCCAGGAUCUUGUUGCUAUGGUGCAGGAUGAUGAUGCAACUCAAGUGCUUGUUCCUGCUGCAUCAAAUUUGGAUGACUUCUAUGUAGCAGAAGAAGAUACCAAACAAAAUUCCAAUAAUGCAAGAGAAAAUUCUAAUAAAGUAGAUACUGGGGUAAAUGAAAAAACAAGAGAGAAAUUUUAUGAGGCCAAACUACAGCAGCAGCAGAGAGAGCUUAAACAGUUGCAGGAGGAAAGAAAGAAAUUGAUUGAAAUUCAAGAGAAAAUUCAAGCAGUUCAAAAGGCAUGCCCUGACCUUCAGCUAUCAGCCACUAGUAUAAGUAGUGGUCCCACAAAAAAAUAUCUGCCAGCUAUUACGUCAACUCCGACUGUUAAUGAGAAUGAGACUAGUACAAGCAAGUGUGAUAUUGAGCCUGAAGAUUCAUCAGUAGUGGAUAAUGAGCUGUGGUCAGACAUGCGAAGACAUGAAAUGUUGAGGGAAGAGCUGCGACAGAGAAGGAAGCAACUUGAAGCUCUAAUGGCUGAACACCAGAGGAGGCAAGGGCUGGCUGAGACCGCAUCUCCAGUGGCUGUGUCACUGAGAAGUGACGGAUCUGAGAACCUGGGCACUCCUCAGCAAAGUAGGACAGAAAAAACAAUGGCAACCUGGGGAGGCUCUACUCAGUGUGCAUUAGAUGAAGAUGGAGAUGAGGAUGGUUAUCUUUCAGAAGGAAUUGUUCGAACAGAUGAAGAGGAAGAAGAGGAGCAGGAUGCCAGUUCCAAUGAUAACUUCCCUAUGUAUCAUCCUAGCAUGAAUCAAAAUUCCUACAAUGUAAAGGAAACCAAAAACAGGUGGAAGAACCAUCGCCCUGUUUCAGCAGAUGGGAAUUACCGUCCUUUAGCCAAGACAAGGCAGCAGAAUAUCAGCAUGCAACGACAAGAAAACCUACGAUGGGUGUCAGAGCUCUCUUACAUAGAAGAGAAGGAACAGUGGCAAGAACAAAUUAAUCAGCUAAAGAAACAACUUGAUUUCAGUGUCAAUAUUUGUCAGACUCUGAUGCAAGACCAGCAGACUUUAUCUUGCUUGCUGCAGACUCUUCUAACAGGUCCAUACAGUGUUCUGCCCAGCAAUGUAGCGUCCCCUCAAGUACACCUUAUCAUGCACCAGCUGAACCAGUGCUACACACAGCUAACAUGGCAGCAGAAUAAUGUCCAGAGGUUAAAACAAAUGCUAACUGAACUUAUGCGCCAACAAAAUCAGCACCCAGAAAAGCCUAGAAGCAAAGAAAGAGGCAGCAGUGCCUCACACCCCUCUUCUCCCAGUUUAUUUUGUCCUUUCAGCUUCCCAACACAGCCUGUAAAUUUGCUGAACCUGCCUGGGUUUACUAACUUCCCAUCUUUUGCACCAGGAAUGAAUUUCAGCCCUUUAUUUCCUUCUAAUUUUGGAGAUUUUUCUCAGAAUGUUUCUACACCCACUGAACAGCAGCAGCCAUUAGCUCAAAAUCCUUCAGGGAAAACAGAGUAUAUGGCUUUCCCAAAACCCUUUGAAAGCAGUUCUUCUCUUGGAGCAGAAAAGCAAAGGAAUCAGAAACAGCCUGAAGAGGAAACUGAAAACACUAAGACACCAUGGUUAUAUGAUCAAGAAGGAGGAGUAGAAAAGCCAUUUUUCAAGACUGGAUUUGCAGUGUCUGUAGAGAAAGCUACAAAUAGUAACCGCAAACGUCAACCAGAUACAAGCAGGAGAGGACGUCAGUUUGAUGAAGAGUCAUUGGAAAGCUUUAGCAGUAUGCCUGACCCCAUAGAUCCAACCACAGUAACUAAAACAUUUAAAACAAGGAAAGCAUCUGCACAGGCCAGCCUGGCUUCUAAAGACAAAACUCCCAAAUCAAAGAGUAAGAAGAGGAAUUCUACUCAGCUGAAAAGUAGAGUUAAAACUAUUGGGUAUGAAAGUGCCAGUGUGUCUAGCACAUGUGAACCUUGCAAAAGUAGGAACAGACAUUCAGCCCAGACUGAAGAGCCUGUUCAAGCAAAGUUAUUCAGCAGAAAGAAUCAUGAACAGCUGGAAAAAAUAAUAAAAUAUAGUAGGUCUGCAGAAAUAUCUUCAGAAACUGGAAGUGAUUUUUCCAUGUUUGAAGCUUUACGGGAUACUAUUUAUUCCGAAGUGGCUACAUUAAUUUCUCAAAAUGAAUCUCGUCCACAUUUUCUUAUUGAACUUUUCCAUGAGCUGCAGCUCCUCAAUACAGACUACUUGAGACAGAGAGCUUUAUAUGCGCUGCAGGAUAUUGUAUCCAGACAUAUUUCUGAAAGUGAUGAAAAAGAAGGGGAAAAUAUAAAGUCUGUGAAUUCUGGCACUUGGGUGGCAUCAAACUCCGAACUUACUCCAAGUGAGAGCCUUGUUACUACUGAUGAUGAAACGUUUGAGAAGAACUUUGAAAGAGAAACACAUAAAAUAACUGAACAGAAUGAUGCUGACAAUGUGAGUGUCAUGUCUGUGUCUUCCAACUUUGAGCCAUUUGCAACAGACGACCUAGGCAACACCGUGAUUCACUUGGAUCAAGCAUUAGCCAGAAUGAGAGAAUAUGAACGCAUGAAGACUGAGACAGAAAGUAACUCAAAUAUGAGAUGCACUUGCAGGGUUAUUGAGGAUGAAGAUGGUGCUGCCGCCACCACCACAGUCAGUAAUGCAGAAGAAACUCCCAUUAUUGAGAAUCACAGUUCACCACAACCUACAAGUGACGUUUCUGCCGUCCCCUGUCCUAGAAUUGACACUCAGCAACUGGACCGCCAAAUUAAAGCAAUUAUGAAAGAAGUCAUUCCCUUUUUGAAGGAGCACAUGGAUGAAGUAUGUUCUUCUCAGCUUCUCACUUCAGUGAGACGUAUGGUGUUGACCCUUACCCAGCAGAACGACGAGAGCAAAGAGUUUGUGAAGUUCUUUCAUAAACAGCUAGGAAGUAUAUUACAGGAUUCACUAGCAAAAUUUGCAGGCAGAAAACUGAAAGACUGUGGAGAAGAUCUUCUUGUGGAGAUAUCUGAAGUGUUGUUUAAUGAAUUGGCUUUCUUUAAGCUCAUGCAAGAUUUGGAUAAUAACAGCAUAGCUGUUAAACAGAGAUGCAAAAGGAAAAUUGAAGCAGCUGGAGUGAUACAGUCUUAUGCAAAAGAGGCCAAAAGGAUUCUUGAAGGAGAUCGUGGCUCACCUGCUGGAGAGAUUGAUGAUGAAGACAAAGACAAGGAUGAGACUGAAACUGUUAAGCAGACUCAGACUUCAGAAGUAUAUGAUGCUAAAGGUCCCAAAAAUGUAAGAUCUGAUGUUUCUGAUCAAGAGGAAGAUGAAGAAAGUGAACGGUGUCCAGUGUCUAUCAAUCUAUCUAAAGCAGAAAGUCAGGCUUUAACUAAUUAUGGAAGUGGAGAAGAUGAGAAUGAGGAUGAAGAAAUGGAAGACUUUGAAGAGAGUCCUGUGGAUGUUCAGACUUCGCUUCAGGCUAACACUGAAACUACAGAAGAAAAUGAACAUGACAAUCAGGUUCUGCAACAUGAUCUUGAAAAAACACAAGAAAGUACAAAUGUACCAUCAGACCAAGAAGGAACUAGUAAAAAUGAUCAAGACAGCUCUCCUGUGAAACCUUGUUAUCUCAAUAUCUUGGAAAAUGAACAGCAUUUAAACAGUGCUACCCAUAAGGACUCACUCACUACUACUACUGAUUCAUCUAAACAGCCUGACCCUAUGCCAUUACCCUUGACUGCAAGUGAAACCCUAGUGCCUAGAGUCAAAGAAGUUAAAUCUGCUCAGGAGACUCCCGAGAGCUCUCUGGCUGGAAGUCCUGACACUGAAUCUCCAGUGUUAGUCAAUGACUACGAAGCAGAAUCUGGUAACAUAAGUCAAAAGUCUGAUGAAGAAGACUUUGUGAAAGUUGAGGACUUGCCACUCAAACUGACAGUCUGUUCAGAGGCAGAGCUGAGGAAGAAAAUGGUAGAAGAAGAACAGAAAAACCAUUUAGCUGGUGAGAUAUGUGAAAUGCAGACUGAAGAAUUAGCUGGAAACCCUCAGAUACUGAAAGAACCUGAAACAGUGGGAGCCCAGAGUGUAUGAAAUGUCUGCAGAAACUCAUCUAACUCUCUUACAUAGUCAGCACAGUAAAAAAAAAAAAAAAAAAAGACACUAAAUAAACAUUUGUUUUGGUCUGUAUAAAAUGUAAAUUAGUUUGACACUGCAUUUUUGAUGGGUGUGCUAAUUUCUGCCCAUGGCAGUUUAAAACAUUAGAGUCUGAAUCCUGGACAGAUUCAAACCUUGACACACUGUGGGAUUUUUCUUUUGCUUUUAUUUUUCUUAUGAUCUUGACCCCUAACCCUCAUUGUGACAUUUGGUGUGUUAACUUUAAAUGUAGUUUUAAAUAAAGUUUGAACUUAUCUGUAAA